CAUCACCCAUCACCAUCACAUCAACCCAUCAAACCACCAUCAAUAACCACCGCUUGCUCACCUGCUUCUUCAACUGCCCAUGACCACUCCGACACGACCACACCAAAGCAGCUGAAGGGGAAAUAUAGCAGAAAAAUAAAAUAAAAAAAUAAAAAAACAAACAAACAAAAUUACACCGUCUUCUCCUUGCGGGGAUUCUUCCAUUGUCUGGCCUUGAAGCUGAAGCUGUAGCGUCGCGACAUGUCCGCCAUACCCCAACGCCGGUAGAGCUCUCUGACCAAAGGCGACAUUCGUUGGGUCACCCACUCCGCCACCGGCAAAAUGGAUUUACUGCAGAAGGAACAUCAACGGCUCUGGAAGCGCGCUCACACUGGGAAGAGCAUCAAAGAUGUGCAGGCCACAAUUGACCUCCUCCAGGAGGCAAGAAACAACAUUGCCGAAAAUCCCAGUUCAGCAUCCAUAACUUUGGCAAAGCUACAAAACCCUGUGAAGGCUUCCUUCGAUGCGACCAACGACAGUCUCAAGGACGCCCAUAGCGGCCUGAACAAAUAUACCAAAGCCCUGGACAAACUCUUUAAGGACAAGCCUCUGCCUUAUGACGCUUUAUCAGCACAGCCAGCGCUGGUGAACAGAGCUAUUGCCAUGCACCUACUUCGAGAGGGCCAGUUUUCCGUUGCCUCUACAUUUUUAUCGGAAGUGGCCAAAAAUCCAACUCCCGCACAACCCACUUCGGAUCAAUCCGAUUCUGACACCGCCAGCAUUGCCAUGGAAAUGGAGCAAAUGCAAUCAGGUGAUAUCAGGAAACAGUUUGUUCUCAUGUAUCAAAUCCUACAUGAGUUGAAAGAGCAACGAAACUUAAUACCGGCCAUACAAUGGGCCUCGGAACAUCGACACCUAUUGGAAGCAAGGGGGAGCAAUCUAGAGUUUGAGCUGUGCAGGUUGCAGUUCGUGUGGCUAUUCCACGGAGGCAAAAAUCCGCAAACGCCGAUGGCGGUUGGCCGGCAGCUGGCAUUGGAAUAUGCCAGGAACGAGUUUUCGACUUUCCAGAGAAGGCAUCUGCCAGAAAUCCAACAAUUAAUGGGGGCUAUGGCAUUUUGUCCUAAUCUCGCAGACUCCCCCUACAAAAACAUUUUUAACAACCCUUCCUCCUGGAACGAUGUAGCACACUCCUUCACCCGUGAAUACUGCUCUUUGCUGGGUCUAGCAGCAGAAUCCCCUCUAUAUAUAGCAGCUACAGCUGGCGCGAUUGCACUCCCCACGCUACUCAAGCUACAAACCAUUAUGAAAGAGAAGCGGACAGAAUGGACAUCCCAGAACGAACUUCCGGUUGAAAUCCCCCUCCCACCGUCAUACCAAUUCCAUUCUAUCUUCGUCUGCCCGGUUUCGAAAGAACAAACCACCGAUGAAAACCCACCCAUGAUGAUGCCUUGUGGUCACGUCAUUGCGCAGGAAUCUCUCAUGAGACUUAGCAAGGGCUCUCGAUUUAAAUGCCCGUACUGCCCGAACGAAAGCCAUCCAAAAGACGCCCAGAAAGUGUUCUUGUAGCUCAGAGGAAAAGGGAAAACACUAACACGACGUCUUAGGUUUGCUACUUGAUUUUUAACUUCAACUUUUAUUUAUUUACUUAUAUACAAUCUCCCUGGGGCAUUUGCGGAGUUUCUUUCUUUCUUUCUUUCCUAUUUUUUUUUUUUUUUUUUUUUUUUUUUCCAAACUGGCUUUGACGAGUAUCCUCAAACUGUCAUUAUUCAUAACGGCGCAGUGGAGUUGGGAAGGGCUGGCUGGGCUAGGGAUAGGGCUGUCUUGUCUGCCUGUAAAAGGACAGGGCAAGUUUGUGCUGGCUGGAGCAGUGAAUGUCAUUUACAUCGUUUGUUUUUAUUCGUCUUAACAGCUCUUUAUUUGGCUCUUUCCUUUUUUAAACUUUUUUGGAUCAAAAAAAUGGCUUGCCUACUCGCGUUAUUGUAUUUCAGAUGAUUAAAUAGAUCGAUUUGAUAUCGUCUUCACCGCGAUUUCGUCAGGACCAACC